AUGAACUCUUUCAUCAUAUCAACUCUCUACUUUCUCACUUUGAUCCCAAUCAGUAGUGAACUAAGUUGUGUAUCAUGCGUCGGAUCAAGUAAUUCGGGUUGUAAUGAUCCUUUUAAUGAAGCUACAUCAGGUGAUCUACAGAUCCCAGGAAGUACUUAUUGUUUAAAAGUAGUCUAUUCAAAUUAUGUUGAACGUAUGGCAGGUGGUCGAGCUUGUACAUCUGGAAGUGGUCCUAGUGGUAGUACAUAUUACUGUUGUUCAGACAAAGAUUAUUGUAAUAAAACAUUAACAAGUUAUCCUGUGUCCAUAGUUGCUAUCAUUAUUCACAUAGUGAUUUUAUUAUUUAUUCAAUUCUAG